AUGCUCCGCCUCACCCUCGCCCUCGCCCUCACAGCCCUCACCCUCAUCUCCAACCUCGACCCCGCCGCCGCGCACCCAGGCCACGACAUCCACGACGAAAUCGCCCAACGCGCCGCCUACUUCGCCAAUGCCGAGUACACAUCGCUCGACCACUGCACGUCGCAGCUCAAGGCGCGCGAAGCCGAGACUAUCGCGCGCCGCCGUGCGACCGUCGACCGUCUGCUGCGCAAGCGAGGCCUCAAGUCGCAACAGGAACGUCGUGAUCUGGCGGAUGUGCUGGCCAAGAACCAUCAUUCGAAUCUGACGGUUGACACGAAUAGCCCGCAUGAGCUGUUGUUUGGUGGGAAUGCGAGUUGUUUGUUGAGCCCGGAGGUUACGGAGGGGCCGUAUUACGUCGGCGGCGAGUUCGUGCGCAAGGACAUCACCGAGGACGAAGCGGGCGUGCCCCUGACGGUGGAUCUGCAGAUCAUUGACACGACGACGUGUGAUCCACUGGGUGGUGUCGCGCUCGAGAUCUGGCACUGCAGCGCGCUCGGCGUGUACAGCGGUGUGCCGACUGCGGAUCCGACGAAUAUCAAUAAUACGGCGUUGCGCGGGAUACAGAUGAGUGGCGAGGAUGGCGUGACGGAGUUUGAUACCGUGUAUCCCGGGCAUUAUGCCGGACGGGCGGUUCAUGCACAUAUUCUAGCGCAUAUCAAUGCCACGAUCCUGCCCAACUCGACAAUCACAGGUGGCACGGCGUCGCACGUUGGACAGAUCUACUUUGACCAGAGCCUCAACGACGUCGUCGGGAUGGCAGCGCCGUACAAUACCAAUACGCAGCCCAUCACGACCAACGCGAACGACGGCAUCCUGGCGUCUGGCGCGGUCGGCCAGAACGAUCCGAUUGUCAACUAUGUGCUGCUUGGAGACGCCAUUACUGACGGGGUGUUUGCUUGGAUCACGUUUGGCUUGGAUCCAGCGGCGGUCAGGACGGUCAGGGAAGCGGCGCAUUAUGGUGAGAACGGAGGCGUUCCGAAUACCGUCGGCGGUGGUCCUGGGGGUCCUGGGGGUCCGGGAGGACCGCCGACUGGGUCGAGGCCACCUUUCCCUGGGCCGCCGACUGCGGUUCCUACGGCUGCUUGA